AGCGCGCGAUCGUCGUACUGUCUAAGAUGGUAUCAAAAUUUCGUUCAUCUUUGUGUGAACUUUGGGUGGUUCAAUCGCCUUUCCGUGCGUUUCUAAAUACAGAAGCAAGCGGAGAGCGCUACAGUGUAUUAAAAUUUCGAUCGACGAAGGCGAACCGGUCCUUGAGAAACAAAUAUCUUCGUUCGAAAAGUAGCGCCUCUAUCGAUCUCGAACGAACAGGAUACAAUACAGAUCGUGUUUCUGUAUCCUUUCUUCCUCUCUUUCUAUCUCUCUCCUUCUUCGUCUAGCUCUCGUCAUGCUGACUCUGCCUUUAGUUCUCCCUUCGCAUUUAUCUUCCGUUCGUCGCGCGCGGGUUCUCUCAGUCCGCCUCGUUUAUGCGCAUGCGCGAACGUAGUUAUAAAAGGGACCGCUUACGACGCGACGCGCGUCAGUCUUUGUCAGUCGUCGAGUUGUCAAGGUAGAGGGAGGAUCGUCGAUAGAGUCUCACGCGGAAAAGCGAAGGAGUAAAAGAGCGUUAAUCGCGAGUUAAUCGAGCACGGAAGUAGAGAGACGGGACGGACGCACGCAUCGUGCGUCCCCGAGAUCGUUGUCAUUACGCGUUACUCCGCGUCGUUACGCCACGGCGUCGACGGUGCCUUUGUGUCGAUCCGGCGCUAUGAAAUAACGACGGUCCGUAGCGAAUCAACGAGGAGGCAGACAGCGGCGGCCUCCUAACUCCAAGCGUCCGUGCUCAGUCCUCAGUGUAGGCUAGUCGGUCGCUCGGCGAUCCAUUGUCUCACGACUUUUCAAAACAUUUCAUCACCACGACUCCUCAUUAUCGCGCAGAUGAAUCCACGACGCAUGGACAUAUGACAUAUAGGCAUAUAUGACGAGGUCUUCGCGCCGAAAUCUCUAUCAUAAUCUGGACUACGACAUCAUCGUUUAGAGAUAAUAUUGUCCUCUCGAUAUAGCACGACGUGGUAAGCCCUUUUGAAUAGUGGCUCUCCAUUCGUCGCGGUGAGGUUAGCUCCGAAAAGAGCGGCGAGAGCACGCUUCCAUCAUCGGCUUCGUAGCAUUUCAAGGUUUCUUGUCACGCAUAGUUUUCAAGGUCGAAUCACGAGGAGUCUCGAAAGUCAAGCCGUUAACGACAAUUUCGCGUUUCUAUCCGCGUUAACACGAGGAUCUUGAUAAAACGAGAGAGAGAGAAAGAAAGAAAGAAAGAAAGAGAGGAACAACACGCAACAACAAACAUGGCUGCUGCAUCAUACGCGUGCCUUCACAACUGCACGGACGCGGGAGAUUUUCUAUAUGACAUUUUCGGAAGAACGGACGCAUGGUCUUCAUGGCACGAGAUCAUCGAAUAUUGUUCCUACAAUCCAUGGAUAUUCUCACUUCUGGGCAGCGCCUUGAUCGGCCUCACCGGCAUCUUUCCCUUGUGGCUCAUCUCCAUUGAAGAUGGCGUCGAUCUUAAAACAGGCGAAACCGGCAGCUCUUUAAAGAUUCUUUUGAGCUUUGCCGUGGGUGCAUUAUUGGGUGAUGUUUUUCUACAUCUUUUGCCAGAAGCAUUCCAGAAUGAAUUACAAGCAAAAGGCAAAAAUAAUCAUUCAUUCAUGCGACCGGGCUUGUCGGUAUUAUUGGCCUUCUUAUUCUUCGUGAUCAUCGAAAAAUUCGUCACCACUAUAAACGGGGAAGCAGCAAUCAUUCCAGAGCAGCAGUCUGAUGAAACUCCAAUUAAUGAUGCAAGUGAAGAAAAAGAAAUAGAUAAUAAUAAUUGUAUUAUGCUAAACACGGAGAAGAACGGUUUCGCAAAAGAAUGCUUCAAAAAUUCGACCGAGGUACAAUCUUUCUUAGAGAAACAAUACCGCAAAAAUAGACAAAUUCCAAAUCAUAUCAAAGAUUUGCGAAAGAAUGGUUUUAAAGACAUUGACAUUAUGAAAUCCGCCUUGUCAAACGGAUGUCCUAAUGAUGGCCCAUUGGUUAACGAAGCGAAAUGUUGCUUGAAGAAACUUGCGAAGAGCAACGGUUUCACAUCGACAAUCUCACGCGCUAAUCCUCCACACGUAAUCCUAUCAAACAAUAUGCGUUUGAUCGCGUGGGCAAAAAAAUUCACAUCUAAUUUAUUUCGUAAAUUGUUCAAUCCUAAGGCCUUUCCUGGAUACCUCAAUCUUUUGAUGAAUUUCCUCGACAAUUUUACCCACGGUUUAUCUGUGGGUAGUUCGUUCCUUAUUUCCUUCCACAUGGGUGCCCUCAGCACGUUCACUAUUUUGGUGCACGAAAUACCUCACGAGAUUGGCGAUUUCGCUAUUUUGUUACGAAGCGGAUUUAGCAGAUGGGAUGCUGCGCGGGCGCAGUUAAUCACGGCCUGUGGUGGAAUCGUUGGUGCUCUAGCUGCCCUCUCCUUCUCUGGUAGUUUAGAGGAAAGAAUCAGUUGGAUAUUGCCAUUGACUGCAGGAGGAUUUAUACAUAUUGGUCUGGUAACUAUCUUGCCUGAUUUAUUAAAAGAAACAAAUACAAAAGAGUCAUUAAAGCAAUUUGGUGCUCUACUUUUUGGAGUUAUUGUUAUGGCUGCACUGAUGUUUGUUUAAGUGAAAUAUAUAAAAGUCGAAUAAUUUUAUUAGAGAUUAGUAAAGAGAAUUUCUAAUAUGUUCAUAUUUGCACUAAAUGCAUCUAUAUAACAUAUCUAUUCCAAAAUUGCCAUAAAAUUACUUAUUGCUCAAUGGAGAUGGAAUAUUCAAGGAAGGAAAACUAGCGGCGAUAAAAGACUGACCAAAUUUAUAUAUGAUAGAUAAUCGACUUAGCGUAGUUUAUAUUAUAAUAUUUUGUAUUAGAAAUGUUUUCUCCAAUAUAUGCUUAGUCUAGUUUAUAUUAUAAUAUCUUGUAUCAGAAAUGUUUUCUCCAAUAUACACUUAAAUAUUUAUUAUAAAGUCUAAAAUUAUCGUUAGUUUUCCGCUCUUGUAUAAUCUUUGGAAAUAAUGAGAUUACAUUCACAGCUUGAAUCUUUUGGUUUACCGAAAACCUUCCAAAAUAAUAAUAAUGAGAGAAGAUGCGUUCUUGCAAUAAAUAAUAUAGAUAUAAAAAAUAUAAUUUGUAUAUUAUUUUAUUACAUUUAGAUUACUUCAAUGCUAUCAUGUUAUUAAUGACAAAAUAAUUCGAGAAAUUGUUACAAACUUUGCUGUUAUAAUUUAUGUAUUAAUAUGUAUGUUCAUAAGUUAAUCAGUACUGAUACCUUCCGACGUGUUAUAAUGUGAUGAAUUAUUUUUUCUGAUAAUAGGACUGUAAUACUAAUAUAAAAAUUAAAUCUAAAGUCAAUAUUGACAUAUAAUUAUCACAUUUUGAAUAAAUUUGAGAAUUAAUUAUAUGAUAUUUAUGCUAUUUGUUUGUGUAUAAAGAUAUGUGAGAAUUGCAAUGAAAACUUCCUGAAUGAAAAUCCUCAUUAGAUAUGUUAUAUACAUUAUAUGCAUUUAGUAAUGUACUGAUGAUAUAUAUCGAAAUAUAUAGGUCUGGUAAAACUGCACUCAGUAUAUACUAACAUAUUAGAAAUUCUCUCUCUAGAGUAUACUAAUGAAUACAUGUAUGUGUUCAGUUCCUAAAAUUAAUUAUAAAUAAUGCAUAAUCAGAUCAGCUUCUUUUAAGAAAAAAUUCACAUGAUAAAAAUAAGAAGAAAGUAUUCUAUGUUUGUACAGAAUUGGGAAAUAGAAAUUGUGCACAUUCUGAGUUUAUAAUUAAACAAAUUUGGAUAAAACAUGAAAUAACAUUUGCGUACAAAUUUUGUAAAAAAUCCAGAUUUAGAUAGAGUAACUUUUUGGGCAUAUUUGAUAAAACUUCAUAAGAUUGCGCAUAGAAAUAGAUUACAUUUUAAUAGAUCAUAUAAUAUCUAAUGAGUAAAGUGAAUCGAUUAUACAUAAAUAUAUACACACAUAGAGCAAAGAAAAUUAAUUAUGUUUCUUUCAUCUGCACAACUUUACUAUUAUAUAAUAAUAUUAAUUAUUUGAUAUUACAUAUUUAUAAAGUAUAUAUCAUAUAUUUUGAUGCAACUAUUCAUAAAUAAAACAGAAAAAAAUUCGAACUUUUAAUAUAUAUUCUAUAGCGCAUAUUUACUGAUAUUAUUAUGAAAAAUUAUAUUUUCUUUAAAAGGAACAUAAUAAUAAGUAUACCUAUAGAGAUAUACUCACAUGAAAGACAUUAGUACGAUAGUAUCUUUCAUAGAGCUUCACUUUAUUAUAUAUUCAAAUAAUUUAGAAAAAAAUCGGAUAAUAUAUAGAUAUUAUAUACUUAUAAAAAAUACACAUACUUUGUUAUACUUCCAGUUUGUAAAGAUGAGUGGAGUAUUGAAAAGAAUUCGACUUGUUCUUUUCUCUCAGUAGUAGCCUCGUGUAUCAUGCACAAUAUCCAUAUUUUAUGAGGCAUAAAACAAAUGAUCCUUGUACUUAACAAUUAAAAGCAAGGUAUUAUACCAUUUUGAAUGCAUGAUACAGAAGGCUUUUUUCUGUAUGUGUAAAUAGAUAUUCCUUAUUCAGAGAAGGAACUGGUUAAAAAAACUAACAUCUUUUACAAAAAUAUUUUCUAUAAAUUAUGAUUAUGUAAGUAAAGAAAUUAAUCACAUGUAAUCUCUAAUCUGCUAUGAUUUGUAAAUAAAAUGUAUUAUUCUGUGA